CCGGGACCUGUUCCCCCGCAGCAGCGGUGCUGGGGUCCCGCAGCCCCGCGCUGCCGCUCUCCUUGUCCAGCGGGAGCGGACAUGCUGCAUGCCCGCAGCCGGCUGGGGCUGCUGCUCCUCGGGGCGCUCCUCACUUUGCUCCUGUACCUCAUGCUCCCGGCCGCCCGGCGCUCACGGCCUGAAGAGGGGAAGCGGGCUUGGCGGGCGGCCAACGGCACCGUGCGGACGGGGAUGGCUGCGGGAGAGCCCCCCGUGUUCUACAGGGAGGUUCCCGCAGCAGCUGUCGGCCCCGGGAGGCCCGAUGUCCUGCUCCUGCACGGCCAGGCGUUCACCUCCAAGACGUGGGAGGCCUUGGGCACGCUGGCGCUGCUGGCUGGAGAAGGCUACCGUGCGGUCGCAAUAGAUCUGCCUGGCUACGGGGAUUCGCCCCCACUGGAGACGGCAGUGACAGCACAGGGCCGGAGGACUUUCCUGGACCAUGUUUUCCAUGAGCUGGGCAUGCAGAGGCCUGUUCUCGUCAGCCCCUCCAUGAGCGGCCGCUUUUCCCUGCCCUUCCUCCUGGCGCACGGGGACCGGCUGGCCGGCUUUGUGCCCAUCGCGCCCGUGGGCACCAAGGACUACACUGCUGAGCAGUACCAGAGAGUCCAGACGCCCACCCUGAUCCUGUAUGGUGACCGUGACACCCGCCUGGCUCCCCAGGCCCUGCAGAACCUCCAGCACCUCCCUGAGCACCGUGUGGCCGUGCUGCCUGGUGCUGGCCAUGCCUGCUACCUGGACAAGCCAGAGGACUUCCACCAGGCUCUUCUGGGCUUCCUGCGCCAGCUGAAGUGAGCGGUGCCUCCUCCCUGCCAAGCAGAGGGACUGGGGCGUCCGAGAGACUGGGAGGCACAGGCGACUGGCAUGAGGAGUGCUGCUCCCUCCUGGGAUAUCCCCAGGGUGGCGGGGAGGGGACUGGACUGUCCCUUGCUGGCAGGACAGGGUGUCGUCUGUCACGAGGCCAAUAAACUGAUGCUGCUCUGGUU